UAAAAAUAUAUUUAAUUUAAAAAAAUAAUUUUCAUCAUUUUAUUUAUUAACCUUUUUGGGAUUGUCUUUUGGCACUAUUGACAAUUAUGUUUUCUCCUUCGCACUCAUUCAAAUAAAUCAAGAAAUGAAAGAAACUUUUUUCAUCGCAUUUAGGUAAAGCGGCAAAUACACGACACGAACAUUUCCGCGAACAUUCCGCAAUCUUGUUCGCAGCUUUGGCCAUACACCAUACGAACUUUUUGCCGAACAUUAGUUCUCUUUCAGACAGCGAUGAAUACGGACAGCAAUUGUGCUGCAGCAAUAUUGCUCGCUCUGGCAAUUAAGCGUAGAAAAAACAGAGAACAUCGCAAAAAAAGAAUUUGGUGCAAAGAAUGGUUUAAAAAACGAGCAGUUCUUGGACAAAGUGAGCUUAUUAAAGAACUGGAAUUCACGUCACAAAAUGAUUUUAAAAAUUACGUUCGUAUGAGCAAGGCAACAUUUGACCAACUUUUACAAAAAAUGUUGCCACUCAUAACGAAACAGGAUACAAUAAUGAGAGAAGCGAUUCCCCCUCAUCACCGCCUUGCUUUAACUUUACGCUUUCUAGCUAGUGGCAAUAGCUUUGAAGACUUAAAAUUUUUGACAGCAAUUGCGCCCCAAACGAUUGGGAAAAUAGUUACAGAGACUUGUGAUGCCAUAAUAAGUCAAUUGAAAGAUUUUAUUAAGCUUCCACAAACAGAAAAAGAUUGGAAGGUAGAAGCGAAAAAUCUUGAUGCACGCUGGAACUUCCCAAAUUGUAUAGGCGCAAUUGAUGGAAAACACGUCAAUAUAACAAAGCCACCUGGAUCUGGAUCUUUUUAUUAUAAUUAUAAAAAAAAUUUUUCGAUCAUUUUAAUGGCAGUGGUUAAUUCUAAUUACGAAUUUUUGAUGGUGGAUGUUGGCACAAAUGGAAGAGCGUCUGAUGCCGGCCUUUUUAGCGAAACAAAAUUUUUUUCAUCUCUAAAAAAUAAAACAUUGAAAAUUCCUGACCCUCAGCCGCUUCCAAACUGCGCAGAAAAACUACCAUUUGUAUUCGUAGCUGACGAUGCUUUUCCCCUGUUAGAAAAUAUCAUGAAGCCAUUUAGCCACAACACACUCAAGGAAGAAGAAAUAAUUUUUAACUACAGGCUUUCUCGGGUGAGAAGAAUUGUUGAAAACUGUUUUGGCAUUUUAGCAUCAAGAUUUAGAAUUCUCCUACAAACUAUUAAUUUAUCACCAGAAAAAGUCACGAAAAUUGUGUUAACCUGUUGCUACUUGCAUAACUUUUUACGGAGGCAAAAUGAGGAGACGUAUUUUGAAGGUGGAUUCGAUGUUGAAGAAACAGAUCCCGGAGCGAUAGAAUACGCCGAUUGGCAUAAUGACCAUGGACUUACAGCUCUUCAAGCUUCAAGUGCAAAGAAUGCAUCCAACUUAGCAAAAACUACUCGAGAAAAAUAUUGUAAUUAUUUUAAUACAGUGGGAGCUGUUCCGUGGCAGAACAAUAUAUUAAAUAUAAGAAAGUGAAUCAUUUACGGAAUAAAAACAAAAUGAAUGUUUGUGUUCACAAAAAAAAAAGAAACAAUAAAAUUUUGACUUUUAUUCUUA